AUGUUCGACGAUCCGUUCGAUUACGGCGAGGAUCCAGAUAUGGAGUACGGCGAUCUGCUGUCGUCAGGCAAGCAAGACGCCGUCGACCCUCGUCCCCCGACCGAUACCACCUCCAACGAAGGCUGGCUCAAGUUCCCGUCUGGCCACAACCCGGAGAUUGCGUCGCUCGGGUUGUACAUUCGCGAUGAUGUGCGAAGCUGUGCGAUCCUUGUCGCCGGCGGCGUGUACGAGAACCUUUUAUUUUUCCCGGUGAUUUCGCUGCUGAAGGAGAAGUACCCUGGCGUGAAGAUCGACGUGGCGGCUCCGCCACGUGGCAAGCAGACGUACGAGAUCAACAAGAACGUACGGCGCGCGUGGGUGUACGACCCUGAAGAUCCGUUUGUGACUCCCGCCGAGUACACCGAGUUCCUCGGCAAGCUCAAGAACGAGGCGUACGACCUGGUGCUGUCAACCAGACUGGCCGGGCUGGGCCACGCGAUGUUCCUCUUCCUGUCGGACGCGCGCCAGCGCGUGUCGUACGUGAACCCCAACGCCAGCGGCGCGGGCGCGGGCGUGUUCCUCUCGACCGCCGUGCGCACGGAGAAGGAGAACCUCGCGGAGGACGGCUGCCACAUGUACAAGGAUUUGGUGGACCUCCUUUUGGAGCCCGUGCGUGGUGGGCCAGCACUGCACCUGCCGCCCCUGCAGGUGAACCUGCCGCGCAAGGUGCGCGAGGUGACGCGCGAGAAGACGGCCGCGGCGGGGGUGGCGCCGGGCGCGUACACGCUGGUGCACGGCGUGGACUCCUCUUCCGCCGCCUCCAUGCGCUCACGUGGAGACACCGACAGCGCGCUGUCUCUGGCUCUGCUUGCCGAAAUCGCCAAGAGCGUGAGCGGCGACCUGCUGGUGGUGGUGCCCAAUGAUGCGGAUCAAGGCAAGGUGCAGAGCGCUGUGCCCUCGGCCAAGAUCGUCAAAAUCACCACUCCGGGCCAGCUUGCUGCUGCCAUUGACGAUGCGGCUGCGGUCGUCACAACCAACACUGCUGCCGUGCAACUCGCCACCGCUCUCAGAAAGCCAAGUGUGGCUCUCUUUGGUUCGUCGGACAAGGCUGAUCGGUUCGUCCCCAAUGCUGCUGACCGCAAUUGCACAGUCGUCGCAUCUGCAACCGGCACGAAUCAGAUCGCGUGGAGCCGCGCGGGAGGAUGGAGUCAAGGAGCGGCGAAUCUACGGUCGUCGCGCCGUCUAAACGGACGCGGUAUAGACUGCUUCGAUUCCAGUCGCUUUGCGAGGCGAAACCGGAAGCAAGAUAGAGUGAUCCGGUCCGCCGUGAUUCUCGACGACGUUCCGCACAUUUCCGAAUGGAUUCCUGGCCUUCAGAUGUACAAUAAUCCGCUACUUCGAAGCCCUAAUCGACCUGAGAACUACUUCGUGGACAGUGAGGACGUUGUCUGCCAGAAGGCGCUCAUCAAGACGGGCAGUGUGGGCGACAUUCGAGUCUUCAGACGCUCGGGGCCACGUGAACAGGUGGCCUUCCAGCCGCAGGACGUGCGAGCGGCCAUUGUCACAUGCGGCGGGCUGUGUCCCGGGCUCAACACGGUCAUCCGCGAGCUCGUCUGGGCGCUGUGGUUCCGCUACGGCGUGCGUAGUAUCUCCGGCAUUGAUGGCGGGUACCGAGGCUUCUACAGCCGCAACCUGUUGCAACUGGACCCGUGGAAGGUGAACGACAUCCACAAGCGCGGAGGAACCUUCCUGGGUACUUCCAGAGGCGGGCACGACUCCACCAAGAUCGUCAACUCCAUUGAAGACCGCGGCAUCAACCAGCUGUACAUCAUAGGAGGGGACGGCACGCAGCGUGGCGCAGAGAUCAUCUAUGAGGAAACCAGACGACGGGGACUGAAGGUGGCGGUGGCGGGUAUUCCCAAGACGAUAGACAACGACAUUGCAGUGAUCGACCGGUCGUUUGGGUUUGACUCGGCUGUGGAGGAGGCUCAGCGGGCCAUCAGCGCUGCGAGGGUGGAGGUCACGAGCACUCACCGGGGCGUGGGGCUCGUGAAACUGAUGGGCCGGUACUGCGGUCAAAUCGCCAUGCACGCCACUCUUGCCAGCCGCGAUGUGGACUGUUGCCUCAUACCAGAAGUCCCUUUCCACUUGGAGGGCGAAGGAGGCCUGUUUGAGUUCAUGGAGAGGAAGCUUUACGAGAACGACCACUGCGUCAUCGUUGUGGCUGAGGGGGCAGGGCAGAGCCUUGUGGCGCAGAGCUUGCCGGGGGGCGCCGGCACGGACAAGUCGGGUAACGCGCUGCUGCUAGACGUGGGGCUGUGGCUCUCCGAACGCAUCAAGGAGCACUUCAGCGUGGACAAGAAGAGCGAGAUCAGCCUCAAGUACAUUGACCCCACAUACAUGAUCCGGGCCAUCCCAGCCAAUGCUGGAGAUAACAUCUACUGCACGCUGCUGGCACACGGGGCCAUCCACGGCGCCAUGGCUGGCUACUCGGGCUUCGUGGUGGGACCGGUCAACGGCACACAGUGCUACAUCCCUGUCAAUCGAGUGACGGCCCCCAAGUCAGUGGCCCUCACUGAUCGCAUGUGGGCACGACUCCUCUCCUCCACCUCCCAGCCCACCUUCAUGCGCGUCAGCCAGUCCGCUGCUGCCACGUCAGCACCCGGAGCAUCCAAUGUGCCGGCGAUGCCUGACGAUGCACGGCCAGUGGAUCAUAAGCACAGGCAUGGAGGGCACAACUUGACAAGAAGCUGGAGCGCAAAUCCCUCGUCUGCGACAACGUUGAUCCCGGGAUGGAUUUCCCGACGCGUCGCACGGUCCAACGACGCGCAACCAAGCGACGCGAAAGCGAUUGCAAGCGACGCUGUGCGAUGGCACACAGCGACCACGCAUGUCGCAGAGGGCGAGAAAGGCGGCGCUUCCGGAUUCGCAGACCACAUGCAGUGUGCGACAUGCGGCAGUCGCAUGGACGCGUCGCACAUGGUCGCAUCCGUGUCGUCGGCACCACAACCACCGGGUCUUCUCCACGUGUCGCCGCGAGACGUGCCUGUUCUGACCCUCGGCUUCGUCGCAUGCUCGAUCUCCGCGGCGCUCUCCGGCAUAAUCUUCGCCGCGAUUCCCGCGCUCCUGGCUGUGAGGAGGGCAGCGCAGGCAGUGGAGCGGCUGGCAACGACGGCGAGGGAGGAGCUGCCGGGGACCAUGGCGGCGGUGCGGCUGUCAGGGAUGGAGAUCAGCGACCUCACUAUGGAGCUCAGCGACCUCAGCCACGAGAUCUCCCAGGGAGUGCGCAGCCCUGCACGGGCAUCCCGCCUUGCCGCCAGCUCCAGCAGCGCCAGGGCCAAGGAGCAGCAUACUGCUGACGCUCUCAAGGACGCCACAGCGAUCCCCAUCCGCGUUGUAAGCCCCCUCUUCUCCUCUGCUGCCGGUGCGGUUGGCGCUGCCGCCUCCACAGUCGGAUCUACAGUGUCUCAUGUGGGCGGCACGGUCGGGGCGGCAGCAUCUCACGUGGGCGGCACAGUUGGGGCGGCAGCGUCGCAUGUUGGGGCGGCAGCAUCGCAUGUGGGCGGCGCAGCGGCUCACAUUCCCUCGGUGGUAUUCAACCUCGUGGAUUUCCUGCCGUGGGGACACCGGAGAGGCGGUGAGGGAGGGGAAAAUGGAGGGGAAGCAAACGGACACACAGCGGACAACCAUUCUGCUGCUGCUACAAAGCCAGCUGCUGCGAAUCUUGCUACCUCAUCCGCUGCUCCGACUGACAUCCCUGGUAUGGCCAAUGCUGCUGCUCCUGCAACCAAAACAGCGGCUGCUUCAGCUACCUCCAGUGCUGCAAAAGCUGAUCCGCACUCCAGUGCACCUUCCGAGCCACUCGCCACAGCGAGGGUCAACCCCGUCCCAAGCGAAUCAAGAGGACCGCGCCAGCAAACGCCAGAGGCACACCACCACAAGCCUCACCACUCGCUCGAGUCCAACCGGUCUCACCACUCUAACGAUUCUCAGCAGUCUAACGAGUCUCAGCAGCACCAGCAAUCUCAUGAGGGCGUCGGCCUCGGGUCUCACAAGGCGGCAGGUGCAGGCACGACAAGGCAGGCAGUGGCGGUGGGGGCGGCAGCAGAAGAGCAGUUUGAGCUGUCAUCUCUGCCGUCCUUGGUGGGGUGGCUGCAGCACAGAAAGGACAAGCAGAAGCACCCUAAGGGGGAUGCAAGGGGUCGCGAUCACGCGGAGCGCCACGUGGCGAUGCUGCAGGCAGCCACGUGUGUCCACGUGGGCGCGCUGGUGGGCGUGCGGGGGAAAGUGACGGUGUUCAAUGGACGGAGGCAGGUGACGGUGGACGCAGUGUACGCGAUAUCAGAUCCCAACGAGGAAAUAUUGCACUGGCUGGACUGCCUCGGGGAUACACGUCGGAGCUGA